CCUUUCCACACUUCUUCACUGGAGCGUCUCACGUCAACACAUACGAUGGUAGGCCCUUCCUCACCCCUUGCUCCUCCACCACACACGCCCUACACAAUGAAGAAGGCAUCGUUCCUGGUCCUCCUGCCCCGGGGAAACGUUCUCCCCUUCCUGCUACUGCUGGUGGUGGCGCUGAGCCGGGCAAGGUACGUGGACGCCUGGCCAACAAGAAGCUGCACCGAUGCUGACAUGGUGCUGAGGGAAGGAGAGGUUCGGAUCACAGCCAACAAGACGUGGGGAUAUAAAAAAUAUUUGGGAGAGGUCGUGUACAUGUGGCCUGAAAAAGGCUUUAUGGGCAUUGGUCUGCAGGCUGUUAUAGGCAGUGCUUCAGGGCGGAAGAGGCUGGCUGCGUGGUUCUCCAAGGACACCCUGUUCACCGCCGUCAACACUGCCCGCUGGUGGCAGUUGUUGGUGCAUGUGCAUCGCGACUGGGACCAUAUCAGCUUCUCUGUAGUUGUUGGUGAUACUAGGAAGGUGUGUGCCUCUUGGGUCACCUCUGACAACGUACAAGGUCUAGAAGUGGUUGGUUACGGCCCCUCAAGAUGGAGUGCCACAGAACCACCAUAUGGCUGUCCCCAUCAAAGAUAUUACGCACCAUCCUGGUCACGUAACCCACCCACUUGCAUGGCGCAUCCGCCCUUUACCAGUGCUACUACACCUUUCAUUCCUGGAGCUGCUACACCCCCUGCCAUUCCCAUGGCUAUUACACCCCCUGCCAUUCCCAAGGCUACUCCACCCCCACACAUUCCUGGAGUUACACCUACGACUAUGACAACAACGACAGGUGUAGUGGUGGCAGUGGUGGCCUUUAUAGUGGCAGUGGUGGCCGCAGUGGUGGUGGUGUAUUGCAAACAACGGCGUCGCUCAGCAGAUGAAAACACCUCACUACGACUACGCCCGGCUGCCCCAAGUGACCACCAGGAGAUGAUCAUCAUUCACAACAGCCUGUACGAGCCCUAUGAAGCCUGCAGGGACGGGGCCGCUGCCGGGGCACCCACAGAAGCAAUCCACGUUAUUGAAAACAGCCUGUACGAGCCCUUUGAGGCCUGCUGGAACGCACUGAGUGCCCCGGGUGCCGACGCGGCGCGGGCUGGCCGCCUCCAUGGUCGCCGGCGGCCAGGCAGAGGAUGAGGACAACUACGUGGACAAGCCUAGGGUCCCCACCGUGCUCCCGCGCGUGGCGUUGGUGCACGGGCAGUGCCGCGUCGUCGACGAGCCUGGGGAGGACGGUAACCGUACGCAGCCGCCCAGGGGCGCCGCGGUGCUCCGGGACGAGCCGCCGCAGCAGGAGCCUGAGUAUCUGUACUUCGGCAGCGAGGGGGAGGGCGGAGAGCCAAUCUACGACGAUUUUGACUUGCCUGCACCGGUCCACGAAGAGCCAAUCUACGACGAUAUUGACUUGCCUGCACCGGUCCACGAAGAGCCAAUCUACGACGAUAUUGACUUGCCUGCACCGGUCCACGAAGAGCCAAUCUACGACGAUUUUGACUUAACAUAAGAACAUACGAACAUA